GUAUUCUUUUAUUUGGUCCACCUGGAACGGGUAAAACGUUGAUGGCACGACAAAUCGGCAAAAUGCUCAAUGCCCGUGAACCAAAGAUAGUCAGCGGUCCUGAAAUAUUAAACAAAUAUGUGGGUCAAUCCGAAGAAAAUGUUCGUAAAUUGUUUGCAGAUGCUGAAAAAGAAUACAAAGCUAAAGGAGAUGAGUCGGGUUUGCAUAUUAUUAUAUUUGAUGAAAUAGAUGCAAUUUGCAAACAACGUGGUGGCAGAAACGAUACGACUGGCGUUGGUGAUAAGCAAUUGAACAAUAUUCUCAUAAUUGGUAUGACUAACCGAUUAGACCUUAUUGAUGAAGCGUUGUUGCGUCCUGGUCGCUUAGAGGUGCACAUGGAAAUUGGAUUACCAGAUGAACGUGGUAGACUUCAAAUCUUGAAAAUUCAUACAGUAAAGAUGUUGCAAAAUGAUAUCAUGGACUCAGAUGUUGAUUUAGAAGAACUUGCCAGUUUAACCAAAAACUUUAUGGGGACACUUGCUGGUGUAACUUCUGAUAUGGAAAACAUGAAGAUCAAUAGGGAAGACUUUUUAUGUGCAUUAGACGAAGUUCAUCCCGCCUUUGGUGUAAAUGAUGAAGAGCUUCAACAAUGUGUCCAAAAUCAGAUUAUCCCAUUUGCUAAAAUAAUUAUUAUUUGUCAAAUUCUCAAGCCCAUCCAAAUUUAA